AAGACCAAUCGAAGCGGAGGUAAGAACGACGUUGGAGUGUGUGGUUGAAAAGGUGUGGUUUUUCAGCUGUAUAUGGUGUAUAUGUUUUUACGGUAAUUACUUGGUCAGUUAGCGUCAAGUAUUUUUUUUCGGGGAGAAAUCGCCGACACGGUAUGUUUCAGGGUGGAAAAGAAACUAGGGACGAUGGAGUCAUCUCUCUUCGUCCCGCUGCACUGUAACGUUUAAUAGAUCAGGUUCCUGAGCGGAGAGAAACAGAAACUGCGGGGAGAAACUGGUCGAAGUGACAACUCAAAAUUGCAGUCAGAUCACUGGGGCCAUUAUCAAAGUGAGCGACGAUGGCGGACAGCGUCGGAGAGGGAUCCAACGGCGCCGUUGGAACGAGUCAGGGGAAUGGAGCCCAGCUGUCCGCGAGUUUAGGUCAUUCUUUGCCGGGGCACUCGACCAGCGGAGCUAACCCGGCCUCGCCGCCUCCUGCCGCGGCCGCAGAGACUGGCCUGGCCGCGGUGUCUCCUGCAGUUGCGCACAACAUCACUUCGGUCAUGGAGAGCGUUGGCGUGCUCAGCCAUGCAGUGAGCUCCAACAUCUCGGCGCCAGCGGCCGUGCCUCCCUCGCUACCGCCCAGCAUCGGCUUGGGGGUCACCGGGGCUCCUGCGAGUCUAGCCGGAGCGGGCCUCCUGUCCCAGAUUCACGCCACGUCCUGGGACCCCACACUGAGCACCGACUGGGACAACGAAAAGGCGUCGCAGCAGUGCAUUCUCCGGAUAAAAAGAGACAUUAUGUCGAUCUAUAAGGAGCCUCCCCCUGGAAUGUUUGUAGUUCCUGAUCCUCAUGAUAUGACCAAGAUCCAUGCCCUCAUCACAGGUCCCUUUGACACACCGUAUGAGGGAGGAUUCUUUCUCUUCUUGAUUCGUUGUCCACCUGACUACCCCAUCCAUCCCCCACGUGUCAAACUCAUCACCACCGGGCACAACACAGUGCGCUUCAAUCCCAACUUCUACCGUAAUGGCAAAGUCUGCCUCAGCAUUCUCGGCACAUGGACAGGUCCAGCAUGGAGCCCUGCUCAGAGCAUCUCUUCAGUCCUUAUCUCCAUCCAGUCCCUGAUGACAGAGAACCCUUACCACAAUGAGCCAGGCUUUGAGCAGGAGAGGCACCCAGGCGACAGCAAAAACUAUAAUGAGUGCAUUCGCCAUGAGACCAUGCGUGUGGCUGUCUGUGACAUGCUAGAAGGGAAGGUGCCAUGCCCAGAGGCCUUGUGGAGUGUGAUGGAAAAGUCCUUCUUGGAGUACUAUGACUUCUAUGAAGGAGUUUGCAAAGAACGGCUGCAUCUACAGGGACAAAACAUGCAGGAUCCCUUCGGGGAAAAGAGAGGCCGCUUUGACUACCAGGGUCUUCUCGCCCGUCUCGGUGCCACUCAGAAACGUUUGCGAGAGAAGUGUCCACCAGAGGACAAUGACGGUGACUCGGACUCUGACACAAGCUCAUCUGGAACAGACCCAGACAGCCAGGGCAGCUCCCAGCCAUAGGUUGCUCACUAGGGGCACACAGCAGGAGUCCGAGAAAGCAUUUCUCUUUACUUGUUGCUCUGGACGCUUUUAAGUAAGCAACAUGCACAGAGCAUUGAGAGAAGUUGUAGAUCUGGUUGUGAAGCACAGGGGUUAGUCUGUCCCCUGUUUCUUUUGAUUGGUCCUUUUUUUUCCUCUCCUUCUCUGCUAGCCAAUGGCUGCCUUUCAUUUUGUUUUUGUUUUCUUCUCUGAGAGAGAGAAGUCCAGUCAGUAGUGGGAAUGGGACUAGAAGAUUGGCGUAUGAGUGUUUGUGUGUAUGUGUGUUGAUGUACAUGCAAGCUCCUCAGCAGGUCAGCACACACUCUGCCUUCUAGAGCACAUGUUUCUGUGCCCCCCUGCUCCUCACUUUGUUCUUCUGGUGGUCAGCCACACAAUGCAGAGGUAGGUUAAGAGUUACUGACACCUCACCCCAGACCAGGUCGUCAUACACUUAGUGCACCUAUGCCACUCCUGGAAACGGUUUGUUAGUCUCUUCUGUUUCACUUAUGUCUUGAUAGUAAUCUCAACAUUUAUUUCUCCACGUUAAUUGAAUCAUUAAAAAAAUAUUUUGAAUAUUAUGAACGGACUCAUAAUUUCAACAUGAAUUCAUAAUGAAUUGCUUUACAUGAUCUAAGAAAAAGAAAACUGAUGCAACUAUAAAAUAAAUGUAUAUACUGAAAUAUUGUGCAUAGAAAAGUUUUAUUUUAAUGUUAUGUGCAUUAAAUGCUUUUGAAUGGGUCUGGUGUGAUCAAUAUCUUCAGCCAGUAAACUGAUCAGUGGUUUCGCGCUUAUGGGAACAGUUGUCCUAUGAGUGUUUUUGUUUGUACAGUCAAAGGACAUUGUCCAUGAUGUUUCAGCCUGAUUAAAUAUGCUGGUUGAAUGAGAACACAAGGGCUCUCCUUUCUUUUGAGAUGGAUAUGAGGAGACAAAAAAAGUUUGAACUGACCUCUUUUUAUGAGACAGACUUGUCCAUCUGUUCCAUCAUUAUUGCCCUAAAAUGUGUGCUUUAAUGAGAAAUGUCUGGCACUGUUCUUUCCUUUUUUAAUUAAGGAGGUAACAGUGGUCUCUUGUUUUGCACUGCACAACAUGAUCUCCUGCAGAUCUCCAGUGAACUGAAAUUGACUCCCUCGGGACAUGCCACUAAUAUUUACGAUCAAACUGUAAACUACUCAUCCCCUCUUUACCACUGAAAAAACUAUGUACAAUCUAUAACUAUAGGGGUUUUUAGAGCAAAGCUAUAGGAGAACCACUUUAUAUUCCCUAAAGAACUUGUCAGUGGAUGUGACUGUAAAGAACCUUUUUUCCUGUAAGUGGAGAACAUUAAUAUUGAUAUGAAGGUUUUCCAAGUCAAGAACCAUACAGAAUUUUUUUUUUUGUAAGAGUAGUCUUUUUUUCCAUUCAAAGCAAGAAAUUAUGGUUACAGAAGUAAAACAUCUCAGUACUGUACAUGUUAAUCGCUAAAAAAAAAUCUAUACGGUUUUCUCUUUUGGAGGCACUGUUAAACUCUAAUAGAGAUUCAACAUAAGCAAGGGCAAACUUGCAGUAGCUGAAAUGAGAUGGUGCACAAGUCCAGAUAUACUGCAUCAACAAGAAGCACCUCUCUCACACAAUCAAAAUAGAGACACACUAAAUACAGGCAUUUAAAGACAACUUUUUAAAAUCCCCAACAGAUGGUGCUAGUGAGCAACUGUAGCCCAGAGUGAGGGAGCCAGAAAAGUGCCUGAGAACAGAAAGAACAAUCUCUCCCUUUUUGAAAAAACAGGCAUCCUCAGCCAAUCUGUUGUAAUUUCUGCGCGAUUAUAGGGUUUGAUCUUAUGAGUCAUGGCAUACAUCAAGAAGAACAUGAACAAAUAACAUUUCUGAUCUUAAGAUGGACCAUGGUACUGGUAGCCCUGUGGUUUUGCAUGUGCUGUAGUUUUAAUGCGGUUGUUUACUUAAAAAAAAUGGCAUCCAGUUAUAACUAGGCGACUAUUUUUUCCCUAAAUGGGUUUUUUUUUCUCUUUGUAA